UCACACGCUUUCGUGAUCAUUCACCAGCGAUCACAUCAUUUAGAGGAUCGUUCAUGGGCAGUCGGCAUUGCAAUCUGAUUUUUUUUCAUACAAUUUAAUCAUCGGAUUCUGUGAUUUAGUGAUGAUUGUUGAACAUUUGUUGAUGAUGAUUAUCAAUGAUCCAGCGAUUAUCCUUGCGAUCGAUAAAUUAUCCUGGCAUGACUGAUCGAGUGAUUUUUUUUUAAUCAGUGAGACCUGCUUCUUCUUUUUUUUUUUUAUUGAGUGAUAGCGAUAUCACGUGAUUGUUUAUUGAUUGAUGUUGUAAUUUGGAGGAACGGAAGUUACGUGUGUGGAGAUUGUGGGGGGUUCCGCAUUAUUGCGGAGAUUAUUUAUAAAGUGUUGUUCAGUCACGAGUCCAGGAUUCUCACCUCCGGCGGUGGUGCUGUCUCGCCCGGGGGCACAGCCCCUCCUGCGAGCCCUACGACAGGACAUUAUCGCACGUCCACACACAGUCCACCACUGGUCAAGAUUGGAUCCCUUCAUACACAUCAGACAUCUAAUCACCACCACCUGCCGAGUCUAAAUCAAACGUCACCGCAAUCAACGACACCGGUGGCGGGUGCUGGAUCACCAGGUGGGGGGCCGGGAAGUGCCCCAAGUGUCGCAGCUAGGGCUAGCAGUAUGUUCUGCUAUCACUGCCCUCCUGGACUCCCGGCCCCCCGACUUCCACCCACCUUGGAGUACACCUUUGCACCAACUCAUCCAUAUACCAGCUAUUCGGCGUAUCAUCCAGCCCUCCACGGAGUCGGUGAGGACUCAUUCGUCCGGAGAAAGCAGAGAAGAAAUCGCACAACAUUUACCCUCCAACAGCUAGAAGAACUUGAAUCAGCAUUUGCUCAGACCCACUAUCCCGAUGUUUUCACACGUGAAGACCUGGCGAUGAAGAUAAACCUGACAGAGGCGAGAGUCCAGGUAUGGUUUCAAAAUCGUCGAGCGAAAUGGCGUAAAAGCGAGCGGUUGAAAGAAGAGCAAAGAAAACGUGACGGUAGUAGCGGACCAUCGGGUACCCUAGAAGGUUUGCCGCCAUCAUCAUCGAGCGGUCCCUCUCCGACGAAUCACCACGACACAGAGGUGGGUAGUGCCGAGGGUGAGGACAACGGUCAAGAAGUGGGCACUGGGUCAAGAAGUCCGAGUACAACAUCAGCCUCAGUGAGUCCCCGUCCACAGCAGUCCCAGAGUCAACCAUCAAUCGGUGGUACAGGGACGCCGUCGCCAACGCCUCCGAGGGCGCCACUGCCUGUCAGCACAGCUGGUGGUAGUCUGAUUCCGCCCACUGAGAGCAUGACAGGCACCGGUUUCAGACCAGUCGAGCCACCGACUACGCUGUUCUUCUCACCCCAUUUGGCAGCCCAAUUCUCACCACCUCUAUUUAGCAACAAAAUCAUCGGCUCAACGUCAACAUCUCUGACAUCAGCGAGCCCAAGUCUCUGGACAACGAGUGAUCAUCGAGCUAGUAGUCUUCAGGACAUGCUGUCAUGGGCACCAGCUGGUUGGCCGGGUUCACUCUGUGGAUGCUGCAAACCUGGAAGUGGUGAUCUCCAUAGGACAAGCAGUCUUGCUGAAUUGAGACGAAAGGCACAAGAGCAUUCAACAGCAACUGCCCUCCUUGGAGGUCUAGCUGCUUUUCCCGGUGGUCUACCACUGCCCCUGCAUUUACCACUUCUUCCACCAUUACUUGGCCUCUCGAGACGGCCCGAACAUCAUCAUCUGCCAAGCGUUGUUCACCAAAUUCAACCCAGUACCAAAGAGGAUCCGUAAAUAAUUCAAAUGCUUUCACUGUGAUGUGAAUUCGCCUCUUACUCGUUAUCAUGAAAUAUUUGUAGAGGCUGUAGGUCGAGCGGACUAACACGUGGACAUUAUUGUUCUUCUUUUUCUUUUUUGUUUUUCAUAGAAUUUUGACUGUCAGGAUUGUCAAUUCGUUGUGGAAUUUUAUGGCGCGUCGACACUACCUAUUCAAUGUUUUGGUUAGAGAAAAAACGUUCAAGUACUUCCUUGUUUAAUCUUAUUACAGGAUAAGGAAGUUGAGGAUUAAAUCAGGACCAAAUUUUUAUGUGUGCCUGAUCAAUAAGAGAAUGUAGGACCAUCAUGGUUUUUGUAGACAAUGAGGAAAAUGUGAUUGAAAGAACAAGGACGUCGUAGAGAAUAUCCCAAUUUAGCGUUGAUGUGGUGACACGGGGUUGAGAUAAAUCGAACGUCGUAAACGAAGAGUUUAGGGGAUCUGUGAAAAUUAGUUGCCACAUUUUACCAGAAAUCAUGAAUUCAAGAAAAUUGUAUUAUAAUUUUGUCUGAUAAACGUCACUAUAUUGGCGAGUGUAAACAAUAAAGAUUCACAGAAACUGAAAAUCAUAAGAUUAUAAAUAAUGCACCUAGAUGAUAUUGUAGCUCUACGUAAUAGUAGUUGUAUUAAAUAAAUUUGUU